AAAACAAAUAUGGCGGACGGCGGCUGUAAUCGAUUGUAAUGCGCUGUUUAUUAUCGAGAUUUUUACCAAGAGGAGGCCAAAUAAGGGAUUCAUACAAUAGUUUCCUUUGGUUCUGAAAUUUUUGGACGUACGCCUGACAUAUUUGCGUGAUGUCGCUAGUUGCAUAUGGAAGCAGCGGCGAAGAAAGUGACUCGAGCGAUUCGGAGGAGGUUCAAAGCUCUCGUGUUUCUAAAGAACUGAUAAUUACAAAUAAUGAUGGCCAGGAAGAUGGGGAAAAGCUUACCUCCACUGUAGAAGGAAGAGAAGAGGAGAAUAAAACGGGUUUAGUUCUGCCGUCGCCCAAACAACGCAAUGAAACUUCAAAUUCUGUCAAAAGCAAGGGAAGCUUUAGCUUAUCAUCGUUUCUUCCUAAGCCCAAAAACAUCAGCAAUCGUGAGAAGGAGAGCACAGAUACUUCAGAUGAAAAACCUUCAAUCAGCUCAUCAGCGAUGAUGGAUGAUGAAGAGGAGAUUUUAGAGAUCGAAGAAGACUAUGAGCCUAUUGUAAAACGAACCAAAAAGAUUCAAUCAACUCAAAUUGAGGAUAAGCCAAAGUCUGUUGGAAGUUUGUUUUCUCUUCUCCCUUCUCCCUGGCAAGCUGAAAACUCUUGGUUAAAAACUGCUAACCCUAAAGUAAAGGCAAAGAGUAAACAGACUACUUCUGAAGAGAGAGGUUCCAAACAACCUGUCAAAAUUGUUAUUCCCAUUGCCCCAAAGGUAAGACAAACAGGGAUUGCAAGUAAGGGGGUAUUUACAUGGGUGUUACGAAAACUAAGACCCUUGAAAAACUAAGACCUAAGACCUAAGACCCGUCUUAGUUUUCGAGAUUACGAAAACUAAGACCCCCUAAAAUCGAAUCCGUCGAAAUAUAAAGUCAAAUUGUAACCAAAAUAGGUCUGAUCUGUCAAAUUAUAUCAUGUUCGAUCCUUUCCACCGAGUUUUAGGUCAAAUUUACCGGUAAAUUUAGGGGUCUUAGUUUUCGUAAUUUCGAAAACUAAGACCCCUCUUAGUUUUCGUAAUUACGAAAACUAAGACCCCCACCAAAACAAUCUCUAGUUUAAAAUCUGGGUAGCACCAUCCACUGGAUGAAUUUCUAUCCAGUGGAUAAAGCAAUGAAUUGUUUCUCCCAGUACUUCUCCUCUGGAUAGUGAUUCAUCCGGUGGAUACCACUAUUCCCCUUUAUUCAUGUAAGCUCUAGAAACAACUUCUCCACUUUAAGCCACUGUUGGACCUGGUUUUUCUUAGAAAGGACUAAUGUCUAACCAGGUCUCACCAGGAGAGUUGUCAGACCUACAAAAUGUCAACUUUUAAUUAUUCUUUAAGUUUGCAAAUCUUUAGCUACAAAAUAAUAGUCUUUAAAAUGUGAUCUGUAGAGCAUGAUGUCUGCAGCUUGUAGGAUUUUGUCAGACAUGGGAAAAUUUUAAGUUGGACAUUGUCCAAUGGCUGACUGUUAUUUGCAGCUCUAUACUGUGGUUUGGCUGCUUGCAUGUUUCACUGUGACAGGGCUGUAGGGAAGAUGAAGAAAAAAGUUCAUCUGCGGACAAUUGUGCAGAAGACUCGCUUUUAGAUACGUGCAUUUCGAGCAACAACAAUUUGCCGUCUGCCCUCUUUGAUUUGUACUCUAACUAUGACCCUUAUGAGUACAAUGAUAGUAGAGAAAAAUAUAUUGUGCAAAAAAAAAAUUGACUGAUUUAGUUAAAACUCCUAGAAGAGUAUAUUUUUUAUUUGCAAUAAUAGCAUCACUCAAACUAGAAGAAGACAUCAUGCCUUUUUACACAUUCAAUGCACAAAAACUGUUAAAGAAUAAAAAUUUAAAGUCUUGAAAUAUAUUUCUCUCUUCAAGCCUCUUCAGUCAGUUAUUAUUAUUAUUAUUAUUAUUAUUAUUAUUGACUGAAGAGGCUCGAAGAGUGAAAUAUAUUUCAAGACUUUUAAUUUUGAUUCAUUUACAGUUUUUACAGUUUUGUGUGUUGAAUGUGUAAAAAGACGCGAUGUCCUCUUCUAGUUUAAGUUAUUCUAAUACAUUCCUGGCCUCAGCUUUUAAAGUUGUUCAGAAAUAAUAACAUCAAAAUACAAGAAUACAGAACAAUACACUACUAAUAAAAAGUAAAGUGAGAGAAAAAAUUAAAUUAAUAAAUGGAAAUUAUUUAUAUAAAGAUAUCUAUACUAAUUUUUUACAAUAAAAUUGAUUACAUUAUUAUUUUUUAUUUUCUGAUAGGCUCUCAACGGUGUGAUUUGUAUGUGUAAUCAACUGGUGAUGAGUGAAAUUAGGGAAUAAUUUCACGCGCGUUUUGUCCAAAUCCUUAUAAUUUCCGAGCCUUUAGGCGAGCGAAAUGGUGACGAGUGAAAUUAGGGAAUAAUUUCACGAAAGGCUCGGGAAAUUAUAAGGAUUUGGACAACACGCAAGUGAAAUUAUUCCCUAAUUUCACGAGUAUACCAUUUGAUUACCUAUUAAUAUCAUGGGUGACGAAUUACCUUAGUAAUCGCGGAUUUUUUACUUGUUUAUACUGGAUCGUAUCGAUCAAUCGUCACUCUCUCAAACAUUUAGAGCUGAAAUUUGGCUAAGUUUUCGGAAUUUUUCAACAACAUACCUCUAAGAAUCCUUCUUGAUGUGCUCUUUCAUGUGUUCAGGUUUUCUAAAGCGUCUUUUUAUGCCCUGACAUCUUCAUUCAUGAAAUUUUAAAACUUCAUCGCCAUCUUGAAACAGAGACGUACGGCAGGUUGCCUUACAAAUAACGCUGAAAUUUCGCGCCAAAAUUAAGGAGUAAUUAUGAUAUUAAUUCACAAAUUUGCACUAUUUUUUGCUCUAAAUCACAUCUGUUCAAAAUCAGGUUAUUCAUGUCAUAAAAUGGAAUCAUUUCUGUUUUAAAUUGCAUCAUUUUUGCUCUACAGUGUAUAUAAUACAUCAUUUUUGUUUCAGGUACAAAAUGAGAUGUGAAAGCCUUUUUGCUUCUGCUUUUCAACAAACCGGCUACUAGGUCAAAUUAAUAAUUGUUGGUACUGAAUGAAUUCUGUGAUUUCCAAAUGACUGUAAUAAAGUGGUCACGAGCAUGAUUUCAGACCAAAUUGCAUGAUGCGAAGUUCAAUUAUCACUAUGUAUUAUUAGUCUUAUACUACUGCAGGAGAAAUUUCUGCAAUUUGAUUGGCUUAGAGCAGUUGUAUUUCAGCUUAAUUUGAAAUACCUACAUGUGAAAAUUACAAACCCUUUGUGGGUAGUAGUAUAAACAAAUAAUAGCAUGAUUUGUACGUGAUAUUUGGCAUAAAUACCACUCGUGAUAUUUCAAAAUUGUAGAGCACAGAUACUUCAGAUGAAAAACCUUCAAUCAGCUCAUCAGCGAUGAUGGAUGAUGAAGAGGAGAUUUUAGAGAUCGAAGAAGACUAUGAGCCUAUUGUAAAACGAACCAAAAAGAUUCAAUCAACUGAAAUUGAGGAUAAGCCAAAGUCUGUUGGAAGUUUGUUUUCUCUUCUCCCUUCUCCCUGGCAAGCUGAAAACUCUUGGUUAAAAUCUGCUAACCCUAAAGUAAAGGCAAAGAGUAAACAGACUACGUCUGAAGAGAGAGGUUCCAAACAACCUGUCAAAAUUGCUAUUCCCAUUGCCCCAAAGGUAAGACAAACAGAGAUUGCAAGUAGUGUUUAACGGGGUAUUAACAAUGAUACUACUAUGAUUUCAUACCAGCUUGAUCUUAUCUGGGUUCUUUUGGCUCUGUAUUUGCUUACACAAUUCCAGCAGAAAUGCUAGUAUCACUGCAGCCAUGCUGGGACAAGUUCAUUUUAUUCCCCACUUCCUUGCGAAGUUGAGAUUAGUAAGUUUUUCGUCGCAGUAUGGAAAGUUUUACUGGUAUCAUGCAAAUGCAGGGAAUGACUCAUUGUACAAUGAAUUUAGACCCCUGACGGACUGUUUUGGUGACCACAUGCAUGAAGAUAUUUUUAUCAUUAGAUGAUGCCUGGAUAAUGCCCUAAGUGACCUCUGAUAAAAUGCUAGGCUCUUCUUUCCAUCACCUUGUAUACAUGUAUAUAUACACACUUGAUAAUCAAAAGAGAAUUUGUAAUUAGAUCAGAAGUUACUUGGGACCUUGAUUUUGUGCACCCCUUCAUUUAAUCCAAUGAAGUUGGAAAGUCGCUGCAGAUUUGAUCUGGUAUAACAGAUGAUGUAGACUGCAAAACAGUCCUUAUUUUUGCGUAUUCAAGUAAGCGCGAGCAGUCAAACAAAAGGUCUGGAACGAGGCUGAAAACAGAGAGUGAGACUGGGGAGAGACGCUAAAAAUACUACUACUACUACUACUACUACUACUACUACUACUACUACUACUACUACUACUACUACUACUACUACUACUACUAAUAAUAAUAAUAAUGAAGGUCGAGGUAAGUGUUAUCAGCCGAGCUGAAGGCCGAGGCUGAUAACACUUACCGAGACCUUCAUUAUACCAGAUAUCACAAAAACCUUAUCCAACAAUGAUAUUGUUUAUUGACCUUUAUUAUUCAUUGUUGGAAAUCAUGCAUUGUGCGUGCAACCAAUAGAUUAGUUAGUUAUCUGCUAGUGCUGAUUUCCAAACUUAACUGUAGCCAAUGAGAAGAUAGAUAUACCUAAUUGCACGCGAAAAGAGAUAAUAAUUACUUCAAGAGAUAGUUAAACUUUCUAUUUUCCUUUGUGUUUUUAAAUUAUUUACAAGUUGUGUACAGUUAAGGGGUAUUCCAUUUAUUGUACAACAAUAUACAUACUUUUUAAUAAACAGGAUGAGUAGAUCUAGUCAGCUUCUGAGGUUAUCAUUUAUAGGACCAGGGAUAUAGUUCCACGUGGCAAAAUGGAAAAUAUUUCAACUUACAAUGCAACAAUAAGAAUUUAAUAAUGGCUAUUUUUACUUUGAUUAUCAGACUGAUUCAGAUGAUGAAGAUGAUAGUCCUGCUGCAAAGAAAAUCAUACCAUCAAAGGUAACGCACUUUAAAUGAAUGACUAGUGUUCGUGGAUUCCAGGGGGAGAUUUAAAGUUCCAAGUGGAGAGAUAAAUUUUUGUCACUUUUUGUUAACUUCAAUACCCUUUAAGUCCCAAUAGUGACCCAGGGAGAGGGUUUUCAAUAAGAGCUGGUGGCUGGCAAAAUUCACCUGGCUAUUUCACGUGAAAUCACCGCCUAUUUUUCUAUGGAAAUUAUCCCAGUUUAAAUACAGUAUUUAUGACAGUGCUGUCACUGGAUAAAAAAGCUAAAAUUUAAUGAUGUCUGUGUUCCAUUCAAACACUUUAAUUUUUGCUCCAGAAUGCUAAAAAUGCAUUCUAAGAGGCCCAGAUUUUAAAAUUUUUCCAGAAACUCAUGCCUUCAGCACUCACAAGUCGUGCCUUUGUGGCAAGUUUUUUCUUUCUCUGCAUACUCCAGAGCUUUUGCCACCUACUUAAAGUCUUAUUGAAAACCCUGGUGACCAACAUCAAUUUUCUCCUAACAACAUCAGUAAAUCAUCAGAGAGGAAAGGUUAUGAGAAUAAUAAUAAAAAUAUGAUCAGCAUUAACAAAAAUGCUAGGAAAUGCAUGAAGAUCAGUUUGGAGAAAUUAUAUGAUUGUGGAUAUUGGGGAAUUACUACAUGUAUACAUUUUAUGUUUGUUUAUUUUUAGGAAGGAUCUGGUCUUAAGUCACUUCUUCCUAAACCAAAGCACAGCAUCACAAUGAAAGCUGAUAACCCAAACAAGCCCUCAGUGAAAUUAGCCAGUAGACCUUUGAUACCUCAUACACUCACUAAGAAAGCAAAAGCUGCAGAGAAAAUGCCGCAGAAAACAGCUAAGGUGUUAAACCAGGCAGAAGGUGCCAUAAGUGAUGACGAAGAUGAACCAGUUAGUUUCUUUACGUUCAGUGAUGAAACUGAGAGCUUAACAGAUGAAAAGGCUGAAACCAUCCAAAAUCAAGAUGCUAAGAGCAACUCUGGUUUAAAGGUUAAUGAGCCAGUUCAAGAAAUUUCAAAUCAGGCUGUGACCUCAUUUUUGGGUGGCGAGGUGCCCUCUACUUCACCUACAUUUCAAGGCAGUGCCAGUUUGACUGAGUCAAAGCAGCAAGUGAUGGAAGUGCAUAGUGCACAAAUAGAUUUUGGAAGAGAAGAAAGCUUCAGUUCAGGGGAAUUAGAGACAAAGACUUGCUAUUAUGAACAGCAGCCUGCACAGAAUCAGCAGUAUCCAGGCUAUUCUGCUAAUGAUUAUGUAAGUAUUAAGUGACAUACAUUAUUUUAAUGCGCCAUCUCUAAUAAUAAAUAUUGGGGUUCCUUUUAUUCCACUUCUCCCCAACCCCUAUAUGUCCAAGUUUGUACCCAGCUUCAAAAUUGAAAAAAUUGGAGAAAUCGCAAAAUUUGCUAAAAUUAAUUAAUCCAAGUGUUUGAAGAGGGAGAAGGGUGCUCAGCAAAAACUGUGAUUUUUUCAAAAAUUGCAAAAAAGUGAAGAAAUCACCAAAUAGUCCAGUUUCGAAUUAAAAAUUACCACUGACAUAUUCAUACAUUCACAUUCAUACAGGGUUAGCCUCGACGUAAAGUAAAAUAUUCAGAAAUUCUGGCAAGUAAGUGUUUGAAAUUUGAAUAUACACAAUAGACAGAGUAAUAGACAGGUCUUUUUCUCGUUGGAAUUUGUGAAUAUAUUACUUCAGAUUGAGGCUAAGGCUGUAAAAAGUGCAUCUUCACUUCUUUAAUUCAGUGGUCAUGGCGAACUGAAAAUGGACUAUUUGCUAAAAUUAAUAAAUUCAUGUGUUAGAGGAGGUAGAAGGGUGCCAGACAAAAACUGCAAUUUCAUUAACAUGACAAAGAACUGUGAAAAAUCGCAAGUGACACGAAAAAUCAUCAGACUUGCAAUUUUUUACAAUUUUCACAACGGGCUUUCAAUUGGCUUGCGAUUUUUCACAAACACAAAAAAUUGCAAUUUUUGUAGCUACGUGCAAACGUGGAUAUAAGUGAACCCCCAACCCCAUGCAUCUCCCACACCUCUUUGAAAGAAAGUGAAAGUUAAUGUUAAUUUACAGUACGUGUAUGUUGUUAGCCUCCCCGCAGACACCCUUUGGGGGGAGGCUAGUAUGUUGUGGGCGCAAUUUUAUCCUUGGCUCAAAUUUUAUUUUCCUGUUUUUCAAACUAAUAAGGAUACUGUACAUUACCAUUCUGAUAAGAGGUAAUGAUAAAGUAAUAUUUGAACCAUGGGCAACAUAAAACCACAACAUAAACCAGUUCAUUUUGCGCAGUACCAUUUGGGUCAGAAGAUUUUACAAAAAGAAAUUCUGUAGGAAAUUAAUUGCAUUUUACAACACACGGGUGAUGCAAGGCAAACUAAAAUGAAAACACGUGCACACCCGCAUAUGAACUACACGUUUGUCAACAUAAAUUCAAGCGCCAACAUGGCACUGACUAUCUGGGGAUGCUCGGAUGUGCAAGGUUAUCUUCUCCGGCCCUUUGCUCGGGUUUAUGUUGCACAUGAACAUUCCUUGCUCGAGGCUCGAUUACCUGCCAUUGUUUGGGAAAGGAGCUGGCGUUCCCCCUCAGGAAGGAAGAGGACUGGCAGAAAUCAAGCCUACCCUUGCAAUAUCUUUUCACUUGUGAACCAGCCUGGGAACGAUGAUGUCACAUUUGUAAUUUUCAACCCCUUUUUUUCAGCAAUAUUACAGCUACAACACUGGUUAUUAUGGCCAAGAAUCAGAACCCUAUACAUACACUUACCCCACAGGCACCCCAACACAGGAGCCAACGCAGUUCCAAGAAACGAAUAAUAUUGAUUUAGAAAAGGUAAUGGUAUUUAUUAUUGAAUGUUGUGUUUUUGCUGUUGUUUAAAUUUUCUUAACGUUUUUCCUUGUUGCUAGCCUGCAUGCAGGUGUCUUCCUAUUCAGUCCUUAGAUGUAGGAGUAGUCUGUAAUCCAGAGGCUAUCGGGAGUUUAAGCAGUGACGUGACGUGACGAACGUCAACCGGAAGUGGACUUUUUGCACUCCUCGGCCGUGAUUUUGAAUAAAUUCUUGGGCAAAUCGUCUCUGUAGGAGUAAAGACAUUAACAAAACAAAUUUGGUAUCAUCAAGGCAUAUUAACACGGUAAUUUUUAGGGAGUUAACUUCUUUUUGGGUUAUUUUAACUCCUCAAUAGCUUGGGUGAUUUUUGCUCCUGAAAAAGAUUUCUUUAAACUCCGUUUUGGAAUUAAAAUAACUCUACUGUAAGGAGUUAAAUUAACCCCAAAAUUACUGUGGUGAAAAGAGGAAAAGGAUUACUUCCGGUUGACGUGCUUCGGUCAAAAACGUUGCUGCUUUUUCACCAACUCAGUCAUAAUUUUUUAUAACAAUUGUAUGAUUUUCUUAGUUACACAAACUCAAAGGGAAGAGAAAUCGCCACGAGGAAAUUAACAUUGUUGAUGUUAAUGCUGACGAUCAGAUUGGCAACUCUGCAGAAAUGGUGGCGAAAUAUGGCACAGAAGAAGUAGCCCAUCGACCUUCACGGGUAAAGGGUUGUUUAUAUAUAUCCUGAUUUAGCUCGGCAUUAAUUUAUUUGUACACAUACCGUAAAAUUCCGAAAAUAAGCUCCGGGGAUUAUAUUUUUCAAAGGCCCUUGUAGAGAGGCUUAUUUUUGGAGGGGCUUAUAUUCGGAGGGGCUUAUCUACGGAGAGAAAGUUGCGUUUCAAAAUCGAUUGGGCUAGCCUUAUAGUUGGAAUGAAAUUUACCAUUUUUGCUUCGUUUAACUUUGUAUUUGAGGGCAAUUUCCAAGUACAAGCCCCCCGAGGGGGCUUAUAUUUGGCGGGGCUUAUACGUGGAGGGGCUUAUUUUCGGAAUUUUACGGUAGUUUUUCUGUUUCAUGUAACGAUUCGAUAGGCCUGGAGUCCUAAUAUCGUGACGGACAUCUCUAUAAGAAAGGUCCCCCACUGUUUGCACAAGGCUAUAAGUUCAAAGUAUAAUUAUGACAUUGCUCCAUUUCGCUUUAAGAAGGCUUCAUGUUAAAUUAGCUAUGUCACGCUAUUUGUUAUCUUUUUGAAGAGCUAAAAUGUGUCUCCACAUCAGUUGAAUUCUAAAAAUAAUGGUCCAGUUUUGUUCUUUAAGAUGGACGUGGAUUAAAACUUGAAGAAGUUGGGCCAUCUUUUUCAAGUUUUAAUGCCAUGCCUGUAAAAAUCACCAAAAACGAUUAUGGGUAGUGCCCAUCGAUGAGAUGUGUUUGAUAUCUUCUUCACAACUUCACAGGAGAAUUUCGUGUAUGGGCACAGGUUGCCCAAGCUCAGUGUGAGAGUUUAAUCAUUAAUACAUUUGGUUUGUAUUGCGUAAUCCUUAAAAUGGCCGUGAACAUAAAGGAUUUGUAUGGGAAUUCAGGUAAAAGAUUCAAGAAUAUAAAUACUCGCUUGAAUUUUCCAUAACAUAUACACCUUACCUUAUUUACUUUACUCGUUUUUGCUUGCUGUGCGGUUAUUUUCCCGAUCUAUUGGGAUUUAAACAAUUCCUUUAACCACGAGUAACAACACAGCAAGCAAAAACAAGUAAAGUAAAUAAGGUGUAUUUUAUUGAAAAUUCUAGCGAGUAUUUGUCUUCUUGAAUCUUUUACCUGAAUUCACAUACAAAUCCUUUAUGUUCACGGCCAUUUUAAGGAGUACUCAAUAUGAAACCACCUGUAUUAAUGAUUAAACUCUAAAACUGAGCUUGGGCAGCCUGUGGUAUGGGUAAGGGCACUAAGUUAUGACUCCAAUACAGAAUUGACCUAGACAGUAAUAUUGGCCGCAAUAUUGACAGUAAUAUCCUUUUGACAUAUCUCCCUACCGGUAAAUCUGUCUUCCGGAGGUGAAUGAUUUAUGUCCCUAUUUUAUUGCAGAAAAAGAAGGACAUGCCUACAGCUCAACAGAGGAGAAAACAUCAAAUAACUUACCUAGCCUAUCAGGUAAGUCGCGUUUGCCACGUGGAGGGUAAAUUUCAGGACAAACAUUCAUUAUUUUUACUUCCAUUAAAUCCUGUCUUCUUUAUAAUUACAACCGUCGUUGAAAAUAAAUCCAACGAUCUGGACGAUAGCGAUUGUAAAUAUCAAAUCGAUGAUCGCCGCUUUUGCUAUGAUUGUUGUAGAGCUACUGUACGUCAUAAUCCCCACCGCUCACCGAAUUUUCUUUUCAACGAUCAUAUGGAAACCAGGCUUUACAAGGAUCAAGAGAGGCCCUUGCCCUACACUUUUUUGGCAAUUCAGGCGAAAAAAUUGAAUAUUGAAUACACACAAGGAUGCAAGCUACUAGAACACAAUGUCGUAUCAUCUCCUGUUAUUCUAAAGCAGGUCCUUGUUAGUCAGCUAAUGGGGAACCCCAUUACUACGACCAAAUGACCGAAUAUUUUUUUAAGUUAAGGCUACGGAAAUGAGGUCAUAAUAACAAGGUGGGUGGUAGCCUGCGAAUUCAGCCGCCUCUCCUCGCUCCUCGCCGCUGACAUCACUACCGGGGAUAGGUGGGGGGGGGGGAGGAGAGACGACUGUACUGUAUUCGAAGGCCAAGUGGGCGGUCGAAAGUCGGGGUUCCACUGAAUUUGCUAUAUAGCUUAAGCUGGAAUUCUCUGCCCAAGUUCUUGCGCGCUGACAUUGGCGUAUGAGACACUGAAAAAACCAUGAAACUGUUUCCUUUCAAAGUCCCAGGGCAGGGGAUAGCAGUGCAGUGUUUGCGAGAGCCUAACUUUAUUUCCUUUUUAAUCCCAGGCUAAAGAAAGGGAGUUCGAGCUGCGACAACAGUGGUCUGCCAAUCGGCAAACACGAAGACAGACUCAGUCAAAGUAUGGGUUUUGAUGCUCUUAGUGACGCUUAUUUCGGUUCCGAUCUAGUAACCAUGUGCUGUAAAUGGCUUUUGUAUGCCUUCAUUUCUUGGAGACGCUAGGAGUGGCGUUGUGAGAAGAAGCAAAAGAUGCACUGCUGUAGACUAGCCUAAAUAGGCACAAUAUUAAACCAGCGUUCAGCAAAGGAAAGAAUUACACUGAUGUUUGUGAGAUACUUAGCUGUAAUCUUGGUGUAAGCAACCAUAUAGGAAAUACAGGAAAUGUCGAAAGUAUUUUCUACUCGAAUUCGAGUUUGUGUUGUUUUCUUGUCCAAAAGUUCCCGUUUGCGAACACGCCCACCGAGAAAACACUACCAGAGGCGGAUUUCCCAAAGACAAAUUGAACGAGAAUCUUGUUCCAGAAAAACUUUCCCUGGAACUAGAAUGGUCAAUACGAGAAGUCAACCUCGUUCCAAGGGUAGACGAGAGACUCUGGGAACAAAUGGAAAGGAGGUAUCAUUGAGCUUAAGGUGGCUGAACACAGUUUUGGCAGUUUGUGAAUAUAUGUAAUUUGCCAAAUCAUGGCAAGAGAAAGGUUGCAGCUCACAAGCUGAAACUUGGCAGGUGAAAAGUAUACUGAUGAAAGAUUUUGAUUGACAGGUAAAAUUUGACGUUUUCGUAGUUUCAAUGGCAACAUGAACGAUUAGAUACAACCAUAAAAUUUCACUUUUGCUCUUUUCACAUAAAAUUCUCUCAGUAAAUUUUCCUGUAAACGUCAAACAGCUUACUAUAAUUAAUCAUUACCAUUUGAAACUUAUUUGACCAAAUUUUAACAGACGGG